AGACUGCAAUUCUAUCUUGUUCCAGGAUUCUUCAUCACAAGCUGUAUUUGAUUGUUUGAAAUGGAAGCUCUUUUCGGAUUGCCGGAUGGAAGACUCAGAAGCUCCAUAAUAGACGCAACUAUGAUGUGGAUUGUGUACUAUGCCAUGGACAGAGCCCAUGGGAAGGUUACGUCAAAAGAAGGUGUCAUCCAGCGCUUGAACGAGAUAUCUAAGUUCUAUGAAUUUGCUGCGAUUCUGCUGGAGGGCUGCAUAAAAUUUGUUCAAGAUGAGGCAGAUAGCUGCAAUGUUGAAACCUACCAUGAAAUCCUUGCAGACUUGACAGAAAUUAGAGACCGCCUUCUGGUGCGUCUGCAGGAAACGGAGCUGGCCAUCUGGGAAAAGGACAGAGAGUUGACAGAAAGAUUGGAGAAUGAGUUGAAGCUUAGGCAAGCGUUGGAACUAAAAGAAAGAGAUAUUGUUUCUUUGCAUGCGAAAGUUGAGGCUGAAAGAAGCAAGAGUGAGAAUAUUUCAGAGUCCAGUCAUAGCAGUACUUCGAGUGGGGAUGAGGAUAGAGAUAGUGAAUUUUCUGAGUUGAGGAAUUCGGUAGAUCAACAGGUGUGGCAUAUAAAGCAACAGCUUCAGCUUGAUUAUAGGCUCGACGAGGAAAGAAAUAGAGGUAUUGAUGAUAAAAAGAUAGAGCAGAUGAGCUAUGACAUUAACUUCUUGAAAGAAACUGUAGAUCAGGCUUUUAGUAAAAUGCAGAAAGCCAUUUUCUUGUCUGAGUUGGGGCCACAAGAGCAGAAAUGGAGGUGGAAUCUAGAGAGAGAUGCAAUUUAUACAUUGAUCAAAGGUUUUAUGAAGGAUUUCAAGGAUAAAUUUGAGGUUGAAAUGAGGAACCAAGAGAAGCAAAUUCUUGUUGGAUUGAGUGAGCAUUUAUCAGAUUUGAUGAAAGAGGUUACAUGCCUGCGGGAUGAGCUUCAGCAUCUUAUUAAACAAAAUGAGGAUCACUCAAAAGCUAUAAGAGAAAAUGAGAACUUAGUAUCUUCAACCCGAAUCAAUAGUGAGUGCAAUUUUCCUUCAAAGCCAGGAAGGUCUUUAUCAGAAGGUGAUAAAGUCCAGAAUGUGAAAAUGUUUUCCUCAAAUGUUGAGCAAGUGGGACAAAUGAAGCUACCCAAAGAUGAACCAGAAGAAGAUGGUGGUCAUUUAGUUGCUAAGAUGAUAAAGAAUCACGAGUCUAUUAUACGGAAAAAAGCUGAAGAGCUGAAUCCAUUGAAGCGAGAAAGGUUUUGGGAAAUAGGGUGUUUAAACUUCAGGAAAGAAAAAGACCCUGAUAGCUUGAGAGGAAGAAUUCAAGAACUUAUUGAGAGGACGGACAAUUUAAUCAAAUGGAAUUUUAGGCUGCUUGAAACUUUUGGAGAGGAUGGAAGUGAUCAUCGGGAGGAAACUUCUCCAGUAAAAAGGAUACCGGAAUCUGGUGCAGAAAAGAAAGCGAACUUUGACAUUGACAGCUUGGAAGAAGUCUGGAAGAAAGCGAAUAAUCCUUCAGUUUCUCAACAUGUAAAUGAAGAAUUACAAAAUGAAUUAAGAAUGUUGAAAGAGGAAAAGGAAGAUGGAAAUUUGCUAACCAUAAUUAUGGAAGACACCAAUGCAAUUAUCUUCAAAGGUUUAAUAAGUGAGUUUCACUCACAAUUGCAGGCUCAUGACAUUGAGAGAGAUGCAAAUUUUUGCUCUGCAAUGGAGCCGGCAUUAGUACAAAUAAAAGAUGAAUUCACUUUAAAGGAGGAUGUAUGUGCCGUCUUCUUCCGUGAAAUGUGCUAUGAAUGGAAUGGGAUCAUAGAGAAUUUCAGCACAGAAAGCCUUCUUGGAGAAGAGAUUUCUUGGUUUGUCUUUGAUGAGACCAUCAGGGAUACUGUGAACUUUGUGAACUACAUGAUAAGGGAACUCCAAGAAGUCAAAGUUUCCAAGAAUUUUACAAAUGGCUCCUCAGUUUGCUCUUACUGGCAGGACAGUAAAGAGUGUUUGCUUAAGGAGAAUGAGUGCAAGAUGGAGGUUGAUUCUUGUGAUAUUGAACAUCUCAUUAGGCAGGAGAUACAUCAAUUUGUUUUUGUUGAGGCUGUGAAAGGCACUUGCCGAAGUUUCGCACCAGCAGCAGCUAAGAAACAAGAGAAAAUCCCUGAUGCCAAAAUUAAUGGAAGUGGAGAGGAGAGUAUGAUUGAAAAUUUAGAUAAGCUACUGAAGUCUUUUGAAGAGAAGGAAGGGCUAAUAUUAAGUGCAAAUUCCGAAAUAAAGGAAUACAAUGCAGACGUUGAUUUGGUGAAAUUGGAAACUGAAGAGUUUAAUGAGCAUGAGAUCUUUCAUGAACUUCUGAAUGAGGAUGAAACUACUUUUACUUCAGUGAGAAGCAAACUUGAGCAAGCUCUAGAGCAGUUGUCUAUGAGUAAGACAAUAUUGAGCGAGAUCGAAUCCAGUGUUGGCCCAGAAGUUAGUGACCAAGAAAUUGUUCAUCAUGAGAUAAGUCCAACAGAUAUCGUAGAUGAGGGAAAGUAUUCCCUCUGCCAACAAAAGGAUAACCAAGAGAUAUUUAAAAUUCGAUAUGAUACUGUAUCUACACCUAAAGUAUUAAUGGAUUUUGAGCUCCAAGCACAUGAAAAAUUAGGGAGCAAUAUUUUGAGGUUAGAAGAAGCAAAACAUCAAUUAGAUUCACUUGUUAAACUUGUAGCCGCAACACGAAAAAGGGAAUUGCUCUACAGGAAGGCUUUCAUUAUUAGAUGCCAGAAUCUCCAAAAGGCUGAAAAUGAGGUAGAUCUACUCGGCGAUCAAGUGGAUGUAUUGUUAAGGCUACUUGAGAUGAUUUACAUGAAACUGCAUCCAUAUUCAAUUGUGUUGCAACAAUAUUUUGAUGUCUCAGAAAUAUUGAGCUUGAUCCAGAGAGAACUAACUGGAGCAGCUCAUACUUCCAGCAAGUGAUAAAGGCAUCCUCAUAUCACCAAAUUAAAGAUUUUCAAGUUCAAUGUUCAUAAAGUAGAUUAUCCUGGAGUUUAUGCUUUACAUUUCUCAUCCGCUAAGAAACAUCCAUCCAUCUUUUCUAGCUACCGUAAUAAAUAUUCACCUAUGUUUCUCAAUAGAUCAAAAGAAGUACAUGCUUCCAGCUUUUGAUGAAAAAGACAGUGUGGCAUUAAGCAAGGUGAAUUUUAGCUCUUCUGUUACUAAUAACCAGCAUAUAUGUUGGUGAAUUUCAUCCUCCAUGAUGUGCCCCUGGAGCAGGAGACUGAGCCUGGAAUAUGUGCUGGCUGCCACUGAGGGAUGCUAUUGCAAACUGGACAAGGGUUAUGGUGGACCUUGGUAUUUGCGCUAUACCAUCAAGAAAGCAAACAAAAGAGCUACUUAAGGCUGAAUCAACAAUUGUUUUGGGAUUUUUGACCCUUUAGAGGAAAACUGAGGUUGAAAAUGAAGGCAUUUCAUCUCCUGGAAGUAGAACAGUGAGAGAGCCUAGAGUUGUGGUUCAAACAACAAGUGACAUUGAUAUUCUAGAUGAUGGAUACAGAUGGAGGAAAUAUGGACAAAAAGUUGUUCUAAGGAGCUACUGAAGUGUACACAUCCAGGAUGUCCAGUGAGAAAGCAAGUUGAGGGAGCAUCUCAUGAUCUGAGCGCACUGAUCACAACCUAUGAGGGGAAACACAACCGCGACAUUCCCGCAGCUCCUGCUAGCGGCAGUCGGGCAUUGACGGAAAACAAUAACAACAACACCACCACCACCAAUGCUGCCAUGCCCAUAAGGGUUCCAACUGUGAGCCAUCACACUAAUAACUCCAUCAGUAACCCUCUUCGCAACUUGAGGCAAUCAUUGUCAGAAGGCCAACCACCCUUCACCCUGGAAAUGUUGCAAACCCCUGGGGGCUUCGGAUUUCAGUUUCGGAAAUUUCGUGAGUGAGGCACAAGCCACAAAAUUUCAUUUGUAAGGCACAAGCCACAGACAAUUUGAUGUCAAGAGCCAAGGAUGAACCAAGGCAUUUCAUAAAUAAUGUGAUUUAUAAAUUUUAAAUUAAAAAUAAAAUAAUAUUUAAUUAUA